GGGCUGCCCGAGCACGUCCGGGUCACUCGGUGUACGAGGGGAAGUGCGGCCGUCGUUGCCGUAGCGCGGUGAAGGCCGGUGGUCCGGAGGAACUCGGUGGCUGGCGGCGUCCGCGCCGUUGUCAUCGCUAUCAUGUCGCGGGGGUCUAUCGAGAUCCCUCUGCGGGACACCGAUGAGGUUAUUGAGCUUGACUUCGACCAGUUACCUGAGGGUGAUGAAGUUAUAAGUAUACUGAAACAGGAACACACACAACUGCACAUAUGGAUUGCCUUGGCGCUGGAAUACUACAAACAAGGAAAAACAGAAGAUUUUGUGAAGCUGUUGGAAGCUGCACGCAUAGAUGGGAACUUGGACUAUAGAGACCAUGAAAAAGAUCAAAUGACAUGUCUGGAUACUCUGGCAGCAUAUUAUGUACAGCAGGCUCGAAAGGAGAAGAACAAGGAUAACAAGAAGGAACUCAUUACACAAGCUACCUUGUUAUAUACUAUGGCUGACAAAAUCAUCAUGUAUGAUCAGAAUCACUUGCUGGGAAGAGCCUGUUUUUGUCUGCUUGAAGGUGAUAAGAUGGACCAGGCUGAUGCACAGUUCCAUUUUGUGCUUAACCAGUCUCCAAAUAAUAUUCCAGCCCUUCUCGGUAAAGCGUGCAUUUCUUUCAACAAGAAAGAUUACAGAGGAGCCCUUGCGUACUACAAGAAAGCACUGCGUACCAAUCCGGGUUGUCCAGCUGAGGUUCGACUAGGUAUGGGUCAUUGCUUUGUGAAACUGAACAAGUUGGAAAAAGCUCGUUUGGCGUUCAGCAGAGCUCUGGAGCUAAAUUCAAAAUGUGUUGGAGCUUUGGUUGGUCUGGCUGUCUUGGAACUCAAUAAUAAAGAGGCUGAUUCCAUCAAGAAUGGCGUCCAGCUCCUCUCUAGGGCUUACACGAUUGAUCCCAGUAAUCCAAUGGUGCUGAAUCACUUGGCUAAUCACUUCUUCUUCAAGAAGGAUUAUGGUAAAGUACAACAUUUGGCUCUUCAUGCUUUUCAUAAUACUGAAGUUGAAGCAAUGCAGGCGGAGAGUUGUUACCAGCUGGCUAGGUCUUUUCAUGUACAGGAAGAUUAUGAUCAAGCUUUCCAAUAUUACUACCAAGCCACUCAGUUCGCCUCAUCUUCUUUUGUACUUCCAUUUUUUGGAUUGGGUCAAAUGUACAUUUAUAGAGGGGACAAGGAGAAUGCGUCGCAAUGCUUUGAAAAAGUUUUGAAAGCCUAUCCUAACAAUUAUGAGACUAUGAAAAUCCUUGGAUCUCUUUAUGCAGCUUCAGAAGACCAGGAGAAAAGGGAUAUUGCAAAGGGACAUCUAAAGAAAGUCACAGAGCAAUAUCCUGAUGAUGUAGAGGCAUGGAUUGAGCUAGCCCAAAUUCUAGAACAGACUGACAUACAGGGUGCACUGUCAGCUUAUGGUACAGCCACACGCAUUCUGCAAGAGAAAGUACAGGCUGACGUCCCACCAGAGAUUUUGAAUAAUGUGGGUGCUCUGCACUUCAGGCUGGGAAACUUAGGAGAAGCAAAGAAAUAUUUCUUGGCAUCGCUGGAUCGUGCAAAAGCAGAAGCUGAACAUGACGAGCAUUAUUACAAUGCUAUCUCUGUAACAACAUCCUAUAACCUUGCCAGGCUGUAUGAGGCCAUGUGUGAAUUUCACGAAGCGGAAAAACUGUACAAGAACAUUUUAAGAGAACAUCCUAAUUAUGUUGAUUGCUACUUGCGCUUGGGUGCUAUGGCUAGGGAUAAAGGUAACUUCUAUGAGGCUUCUGAUUGGUUUAAGGAAGCGCUUCAGAUAAAUCAGGACCAUCCAGAUGCUUGGUCUCUGAUUGGUAAUCUUCAUUUGGCUAAACAAGAGUGGGGUCCAGGACAGAAGAAAUUUGAAAGGAUAUUGAAGCAGCCUUCCACACAGAAUGAUACUUACUCCAUGUUGGCUCUUGGCAACGUUUGGUUGCAGACCCUGCAUCAACCCACAAGAGACAGAGAAAAGGAAAAACGUCAUCAAGACCGUGCGUUAGCAAUCUACAAGCAAGUGCUCAGGAAUGAUCCAAAGAACUUGUAUGCUGCUAAUGGCAUAGGAGCUGUCUUGGCGCAUAAAGGAUAUUUCCGUGAAGCUCGUGAUGUUUUUGCCCAAGUGAGAGAGGCAACAGCAGAUAUCAGUGAUGUGUGGCUGAAUUUGGCACAUAUCUAUGUAGAACAGAAACAGUACAUCAGUGCUGUGCAGAUGUAUGAAAACUGCCUCAGAAAGUUCUAUAAGCAUCAGAACACUGAAGUAUUGUUAUAUCUGGCCCGGGCACUCUUCAAAUGUGGGAAAUUACAGGAAUGUAAGCAGACUUUGUUAAAGGCCAGACACGUCGCACCAAGUGAUACAGUCCUUAUGUUUAAUGUGGCUUUAGUGCUACAAAGACUAGCUACCUCAGUCCUGAAAGAUGAGAAAAGCAAUCUAAAGGAGGUACUUAAUGCUGUGAAAGAGCUGGAGUUAGCCCACAGGUACUUCAGUUACUUGAGCAAAGUGGGUGAUAAGAUGAGAUUUGAUUUGGCACUUGCUGCAACAGAAGCCAGGCAAUGCUCUGACUUACUGAGUCAAGCCCAGUAUCACGUGGCUCGGGCUCGCAAACAGGAUGAAGAAGAGAGGGAGCUGCGUGCAAAGCAAGAACAAGAAAAGGAGCUGCUUCGUCAGAAACUACUGAAAGAGCAGGAAGAGAAACGCCUGAGAGAAAAAGAGGAGCAGAAGAAGCUUUUGGAACAAAGAGCUCAAUAUGUGGAGAAGACAAAGAAUAUUCUUAUGUUCACUGGUGAAGUAGAAGGAUCAAAGGAGAAAAAACGUGGUGGUGGUGGAGGCAGGCGUUCCAAAAAAGGAGCAGGGGAAUUUGAUGAGUUUGUCAAUGAUGACAGCGACGAAGAUUUGCCCAUGUCUAGAAAGAAAAAGAAGAGGAAGGGCAGUGGUAGUGAACAAGAUGGGGAAGAAGAAGAAGGGGAGAGAAAGAAGAAGAAGAGGAGGAGACCCCAGAAAGCAGAUGAGGGGAGCGAUGAUGAAGAAAAUGAAAAUGGUCCAAGACCUAAAAAACGCCGUCCACCCAAAGCAGAGAAGAAGAAGGCUCCCAAACCAGAACGUUUGCCUCCUUCAAUGAAAGGAAAGAUCAAAUCAAAAGCCAUAAUUUCGUCUAGUGACGAUUCAUCUGAUGAGGACAAACUCAAGAUUGCUGAUGAUGGACAUGCCAGGAAUAGCAACAGCGAUUCAGAUGAUGGGGAACAGCAGCACAGCAAACGCAUUGUUUCUGAUAGCGAUUCUGAUAACAGAAACAAAUCCGGCAGUGAGGCAGGCAGUCCGAGGAGGUCCAGCGUCCACCCAUCUGAAGAAGAUUCUGACAGUGACAGGUCAGCCAGGAAAAGGAGACGGUCGGAUUCAGAGCAGUCUGACAAUGAGUCUGUGCAGUCAGGAAGAAGUCGUUCUGCUGGUUCGGAUAACGAAUCUCGCCCAGCUUCUCGCAGCGCUGAAUCAGACAGAGAUUCUGAGAGAGGAUCUGAUAACGAGGGUUCUGCCAGAGGGUCUGGUAAUGAAUCUGAGCCAGAAGGAUCCAAUAAUGAGGGAUCUGAAGGGGGUUCUGAUGACAGCGAUUAGGUCUGAAAUUACAUCUUUUUAAAUGUUCGUGUAAAUAUAUUUCAGUUGUAGAGAAAGCCAGUUUUUGUAUUUGAAAACUUACAGGCAAAUACAGUAAGUUAGUAAACUCUCUUGAGACCUUUCUGUGAUUCUUUCUAUUAGCAACUGAUGGAUGUUUCUCUAAGUUGGCCUACGGUGUACCCUUAAAUCAAAACUGCUGUAGAUGAAGAACAGAAACCCUGUAUUAUAGGCAUACCUGGGAUGGGAUGCAUGUAAAAACUGUGGAACAUUAAAUCUCAGUUUAGGUGGUUCUAGUGUGGCUAAAAUUGUGUUUUCUCUAUUUAUACAUGCAUAGAUUUCUUGAGACAGUGUCGCAAUAAAACUGUUCCUGCUAAUUUGCUUCCAGUGAUUUAUUUUAAGCCUUAAAAGGUACAAGCAGAAAACAUUUUGUUUGACAGAGGAGUGUGUUUUGAGGAAGCAGUCUCCAAGUUCAUUUCAGCUUCAAUGUGAGCUGUUGGAGUUGAGCUCUUUUGUAUCUUGCAUUCAUGCAUGACAGCAGCAGCGUGCUUUGUAAACUGCAGAGAACCAAAUUUCUCUUAUGGUUGUCUUUGCCUGAUGUUUUGGAAAAAAUCAUUCUUUGGAACCAUUCUGGGGAAAGAAAGUUUCUUUCUGCCUUGGAUUAUUAGUUAUCAAGUUGGAUGUUAGAUCUUCACUAAGAGAAGAGCAUGUAGAUCUGGAUAGUAUACUACUGUUGUUUUUAAUGGAGAGCAUAGCAUAAACUGUAUUCCAUUUUAUUUUAUUUUAUUUUGUUAUUCAUUUUUCUUCUGGAAGGUCCAGAUUGUCACUAUUGAUAGUUAACAUUAAGCACUAACUGAAAGUUAAGUUUCCCAUGCUGUUAUUUCUGGUCUGUUGUGAACAGUAACUGUUCUCAUUGUGUAUGUUUUGCCACGUGUUUAUGGGCUGUUGGUAACCAUAGCAGAUAAAGUAGAAUGUGAAACAGUUGAGAUGUUUCUUUUACUGGUUCAGCUUGAUAUCACAUUUCUAGAAGUGAUCUUAAUUAAAAUUUAAACAUGUGGUAAUGUGCAGAAUUGAAGAGUAGCUGCCAUGUUUGUUGGUUUAGAAGCAAAGCUGAAUCUUAACUCAGUCAUCUUAUUGAUGUAGAAUCACUUGGGUAGAAGAUAUGGCAAGCUCACAAUGCUGGCAGCUGGACAGCUUUGAAAGCAUGAGCUUGGGGAAAACUUGGUGCCCUUAGAGGAAAUGUGCUAUUAAGAGGAUCACAGCACAGGUCCUUACCUUGUUCAGAAUCAGAAGGAAGCAGUGGACAGGUGAGAUACAUACCUAUGGUGCCAAACCAGUGCUUCACUUAAUGAAGCAGAAAGUGUGAGAAAUUAGAGUUAACUGAAGAAAAUCAGUAUCUGUUGUUUCCACUAACAAACUACGUGACUACAUGGUAAGUUGUCUUUUGAGUUCUGUUGCAGUUUAGGAUCAAAUAUGAGCCAAUCUGUCUUGGAUUAUCACAGAAGAGGUCAGUGUAUGUCUUGCUAUUUGCAAUUUUUAUUUUUUUUUCCCAAUUUUACCUUGAUUCUGUAGUUUAUAGACCAGUCCCUUCAAAAAAGCAAAAAGAAAACCCCUUGAGAAGUAACUGAAAAUUAAAUUGGCCAACCUGUUUGAGUGGUUGCUUUUUUUGUUUGCUUUGUUUUAUUUUAUUUUAAUUGGAUUACUUGGAUUUUUGUGUUGUUUGUUUGUUUUCUUUUAAUGCACCUACUCAAGCUUUUGUCUUUCAGAAACCCUUCUGGCUCAGUGCUUGGUGGAAAGGGGUAGCUGCCACUGCUGUAUAAUGAAGUGCCUUUGUGUAAAUUAAUAGAUUCUCUUCUAAAUUUAACUCUGAGAGCAAGAACAGUCUGUCAGCAUGGAAGCAAGGUGCAGGUGUACAUAUUUGGAAACAAGCUACUAAGGAGUGCUUUGGGCAAGGCAAGACCUAUGGUAGGAGCACUACAGCUAAGUUACACUGCUUCUUCCUGAAAGACUUUUUUUGGGAGUAAGUUACUUUCUAUACUAAAUACUUCACUAUUUAAAACAGUGGUUAUAGUAGCAAGGCCUUUCCCUCUUGGACAGAUUUGAAUUGUUACAUUAGGGGUUGGUGGGCACUGCUGAUCUGUUUCAGGAAAUUUGCUAGUGUUAACAAGCUUCCUCCCUGCUUGUUUUGUGCAGUUUCUUUGCUCUCAGUGGUGCUGUGAUGAUGUACUUCAUGGAUAGUGAUAACUAAAGGAAGUGAAUCUUGAUUCACCUGGAAAAGUUCCUACAGCAGAAGCUGCAGUCAGCAAGGACAAAUUCAGUGUUCCUUUCCUUUUGCAUAUGGGUAAGAAAACUGUGUGACAACAUGGAUGCAAAAAGGGAGUAUAUAGUAAAUGUGUAUUAUUCUUAGUGCCACUGCUUCCUGCUCUCCUAGCAAUACUAUUAUCUACACAAGCAGUACUAUUAUGUACACACUGUGUUUGCUCUACAGAAGGUGAUUUGAGUUGAAGACGAUCUAAGGGAAUAGCAAAUAGGGCUGAGCUUGUGAAGGAAAUUCAAAGUACGUUGUAAAUACGUAGUACUUCAGUUGAACUUUGUCUGAUCAUCUACUCAGCCUGUGCAAUCUGUACCAGAAAUACUUUAAGGAUUUUUUUCAGUUUUAGCAAAACUGAUAGGAGGCAUAGUUGUGUAGACACUUAGUUUUUAAUAUGGCUAUUUCCUUUUUUCCCUUCGUCCUUGGCUGUUCAGGAAAUCAAGAAUGUUCACCACAGUCAUGUUCUUCUUUGGAGCAAGUUUAUUUUAUUGUCAGGGACAGACCUGUUCCUCUUUUUAGUUUUUCCUUUACUUUUAGGCAAAAACACCUUUCUCUGCAGCCUCUAGAGUUUGGGAUUGGCUGUGUUAUAUUGGCUACACUGCAAAGUAUCUCCUAGAGGCAUAGUAGAUUGUUAACCUUGUUCUCAUAGUUCCUUUGACAUGAUAAAUGCUGAAGAGUUCCUGUUGCUCUUCUAAAUACCUGUGUCAUCCCUGUGUUACGUGCAUCCUCGUAUCUGAUGGCUUGGAGGUGCCCCAGGAGUCUGAACUCCAGGAGUGCUGUUUUUAGCUCAUGAACUUAGAAGAGUCUCACACCUUCCUAUCUGUGUCUUGUUAAUUAAAAGACAAAUACCCUGUUUUAACCAAAGAAACAGUUUCUGUUUAGCAACUUAGAUUAUCAAGUGCCAGUGAACUUCAUUGGUCUUUUCAGUCGCCUUAAAAGAGAUCAAGAAAUACCCAGGCUCCCAAAAGGUUCCUGAGCCCUUCCAAAUUCUUAGCAGACGAGUGUGCUCUUUGGCCUCUCCUUGAUGCUGUGCAAAUACCAUACAUUAAUGGUGGCCAAAGAAUUCUUGAGCACGUUGGGGAAGAUCACGAAUCCGCAGUGACAGUUGGUCACUCUGAUGGUGCAGAUUUUUACAAGCACGGCAUGCAGGCUCUUGUUCACUGCUGGUGAAAAUGCACAAAUAGUGGUUGAAAAAGCAUGUUUGUGGCUCAGACUUUGCUCUGUCAAACAGUGUUUUUAUGCUCUUUGUGUUCAUUAUAGUUACCAUGGAAGUUAAUAGGAGCAUUACAUUUGAAAUAACUACUACUUGAAGUGUAUCAGUCUUUUGAUCUUCCAUGCCACUAAUUCUGAAGAUGUAGUUAGAGAAUGUGCAACUUUGCUUCCUAUCUCCCCUCUUUCAAAACUGGUUGUUCUUUUGUUCUGACUUGCAACACAGUCUGAAUUACUCUGAACUGGCUCUGCUCUCUGUGUUGAUGAAGCUGUAUUGAACUAUGCCUGAUAACACUUCCCAUUUUCCUAGGAGUCUCUGAGCAAAAAGUAGUAUCCAUUUUCUGCUGGGAGCCCAUCCUCAAUCAGCUAGGAGGAAAUGUUUUUGUCAGCAGCUAUUUUCUAGCACUAAAACAGAAAGAGGAAUGAAUUGUCAUUCGGUUUGCACGACUGAGUGCAUACAAGCAGGAAUUCAAGUUAGUGAUAUAAAUCAAAAUCAACUUUCUGUCUUUUAACUUCUGGUGUGUCUGAGUUUCAUCAAGGACGUACGUGUUGAGAACAUUUGCACUUAAUGGUGGGCAUGGACUGCAUCUGUUUAAUGCUUAUUUGGUGCUUUUGGCAGCCUCAAAUUCUUAAAUUUUCCAAACUCUGAACUAGAAGAUAUUAUAUGUAGCAUGGAGAUAUUGUAUGGGCCUGGGAUUGUUAGUGUGCUGAAAGACAAACAGUCUGACUGUCAGAGUUCAUUUUGUACAAGGCAGAAGAGCCUUACAAGGCAUUAACGGAAUUACAGAUAUAAUGUAAUUAGAUGUUGUGAUAUAAAUGAAAUGGUAUUACUGGAACAAGCAGGAAAGGAAAGAAAUAAGCAAACCAAGUUGGAUAAGUGAUGAAAAUAGACGUACUAUUUAAGGUCUUGCCACUUAAUUGCUUAGUUCCUUUAAUGGAAAUGCCCUUUUAUUUAUAUUUCUCACUUGAAUCUCUUACUCUGGCUUUUGCUCUGUGCUCUGUUUCUUAGAAUUAAUGCCUAAAGAGGUGCUCACUUUGCCUGGGUUUCUAUUUUUUUUGUACACAUGAGAGGGGAAGGCUUAUUUUCUCAAUACAGCAAGAGCUGUUGUAAGACUAGAGAGUAGAAGUUGUAACAUUAAGAUCAAGCAAGAUAUACACUUUAAACUCAUGUUAGAAAAGACAUCAUCUGGAGACGUGAAAUCAGUUUGCAGAUGAGAACAUCGCUCCUGAAUAAUGGCUGCAGUUCUGCAGAGCUAUUUCUUGCCUAAGCAGCAGCUGUUAUUCCUGUGAGCUUAAGGGAAAGUUAAGCCUUACUUGGCCACAUGAAAUAAAAUAUCUUGACCACUUCUGUCAAGUGCCAUGCUGUCUAAGUGAUGGAUUUAAACUGAUUUUCCAGUUCAGUGCUGUGAUCCAAGCAGAACCCAGGGUUCACUUCAGUUGCCUGCAGUGUGUGCUUGUACAUAAAAGACAUAAAAGGAUGCCAGCAUCUCCAGAGUUUGUAUAAAGAUAAUUCUCUGUGGAAAAAAAAUGCCAAUUUGGAGUUACUCUAUCCUGGUCUGUGUUACCUACAAAUCAAAGCAGUUGCUUUCAAUUCUGGCUUUGCAGAACAUCCUGCUUCUUUUUUUUCCAACAGAAGUCCUGUAGUCUUAUCGUUUUCAUACAUCUUUGCUGCUACAUUUAAGAAAGGUGUAAGAGCAUGAUGGGCAAAGAGGUGGGCUGCAAGAGCUGUGUUUGGUGUAGUGUGUUCUCUCACUGCUACCUACGAAUGAUCACUCUGUUUCUUGUUUCUUUUUUCAUCCCUUUCAGUUUGUGUGACAAGAAUAGAACUCGAGCUGCUUUGGGUCAGAAUGAUUUCUUCCUUAGGUUGUACAGUACCUGAAAAACUGGAAUGCAAACUUGUUUGCAUCUCCAGCUGUUUUAAAAUUUCUGUUAUUACGGUUUUCAUUUCUAACAUGAUGCAGUCAAAUGUUUUGCCAGAUUAAUGUUUGUAACCACUGUCUUAUAUUUAAAUGGAUGAGUGAAAGCAUGUGGAAUCACUGCUGUGGCAGAGAAAUUCUCCUGAUCUAAAAAAAUAGAAGAAUUCAGAUGGGGUCAAAGUUCUGAAUUCAAAAUCUAAGCCACUUUUUAGCUGUUAUCUCACUAUUGGUAAUUGCAGCCUCCUGUAAUUCAUAUCAGACACUUUCUGUCUGAUCUACAUCGUCCUUGGAGCAUGGAUGGGUUUUACAUGAUUAUGAAAUGGCAAACAUUGUUGCUGCAUUAGUAAUAGCACGCUAUCGCAACCAUCUGUAAUAGCCUCUUUCUCCCCCUUCACAUUAGGCCAGCAAAUGAUCUAUUUCUGUUUUUAAAUGGUUUAAUUUUAGAAGAGAACAUAAACACAUAAUUUUACUAUUAGAAAGGUUGAAAUCUGGGCCAGGAAUAUGACUUAGAAAUAAAUGAAUGUCCAAACUGUCAGUUUAUUGCCAAAUUAAACCUUGGUGUUUAAGACUGGAUCUUGCUCUGAAGACUGAUCUUCAGGUUGAAGAGUGAGGUUUUGAACCAUUUAUUCCUCCAUUCAAUUCCAGUUUACUUCAAACUGGUGUGAAGCUGCUUCGCUCUUGCCAAAUACUUUAUGGAGUCCAUCAAUUAAUAUCUUUGGGGCAGCUUCAGCAGAGCAUGUUGUACAGUCACUGAGGCUGCCAAAUAAUCAAAUACUUUCAUUUGUGGAAACAGACCAUGAUGAUUUGUUCAAAAGGAAUGAAUAAAUAAAUACAAACCCAGCCCCUGAAAGCGCUUCAAUAUCCGGAUUGUAAAUAACAGCUUUAAGUAAGUGGAUGGCAGAAAAUUUACUUGCUGUGGGAGAACUAUUUGUGCUGCACUUAGCUUUUCUGGUGGAUAAGGGAAGGUACACCAUCCUGUUACCUAGUAGGUAACUGAAACUUGUAAGGCAACAGUUCCUUGGUAAUGGUGCCUGGAGUAAUCUGAAUCACUUAUGAUGGGGCGAGUUCAGACAGUUCCAGUCAUAUCUGAGUAAUCCUCAUUCCCCAGCAGCUGGAAACAGCAGGUGUGUUUUGGUUUAGAUAUUCCUUUGAGAAUUUAUUGAUGAAGGUAACAAGCUAGGACAGCUGUCUAGAAAAUUUCUUCUUACGAUUGGAGUUGUUUGGGGCUGGAUAUAUAAAUUGUAGAAUGGAGUUGGCAGGGGCCCUUAAAGGCCAUCUAGUGCAGCUCCCCUGCCAUGAACAGGGAUGUCUGAAGCUAGAUCAGGUGCCCAGAGCCCUAUCCAGCCUGAUCAUCGUUGUCCCCAAGGAUGGGGCGUCCACCCCAUCUCUAGGCAACUAAAUUCACUGCCUCAGCACCCUUAUCUUAAAAAAACUUUUCACUUAUAUCCAAUCUAGAUCUCCCCUUCUUUAGUUUAAAGCCAUUUCCCCUUGUACUGCCACAGCAGACCCUGCUCAGGAGUCUGCCCCCUUCUUUCUUAUAAGUCCCCUUUUGAUACUGAAAGGCCGCUCUCAGGUGUGUGUGAAGCCUUCUCCAGACUGAACAUCCCUAGCUUUCAGUCUGUCCUCACAGAAGGUAACUUCUUUUUCUUUAUUUCCUUUUUUAUAAUCCUUCAAGUCAUUAGAAAACGUUGCAUAAAAGUUCAUCUCAACUUUGAGAUCUCUUGCAGCUCAGGCCAAAGCUGAACUUUCCCAGCAGAAAUAAGAACUGCAGUAGAUGCAACCUAGUGCAUGUAGAACCAUAGGUUUAUGUGCCUAUUCUAAUAUUUAGUCUCCUUUCCCCUGCCUUCCAAUCUAGUUUUACAGCUGGUUGUGGUCUCACCUAUUUCUGUGACCUCACUUGUCAAGUGGCCAGGGAUGCUGCUAAUUGCUACAGAUGCAGACAUCACUUCUGUCAAAAGUUAAGAGGAUGCUCCUUUAUGAUCUCAUUGUGAAUUAGUGAACCUAAAAUGAGCUAACAGAACUUUUAGGAUACAGAAACAAAGAAAGACAAAGGCUGGUUAUCCUGUAACUAGUUCAUUCGUUUCUCAGAAAGUAGAAAGCCUUCUGCUCAACAUCUGUCUGAUAGGGAUGGCAAUUUUGAUCAACAUGUGUAAUGCACUUACAAAUGUUCUAACUAGCUCAUGGGACACAUGCAAAACAAAACAAUCAAUACCCUGAGCAGCAUUCAACUGCACCAGGCACCUGGAGGUCAGAGGAAGGCAGGCACCUGCUAAGCUUCUUCCCUUUUGUGUGGGUGCUGCUUUGGGCAGCAAAGAGUGCUGUAGUCUCUGGUAAUAGACAUGAUCAAUCCACUUAAUCUUAGGCCAUUUAAAAACUUAAUUGGUGGUUUAUCAGUUAGCAACAGUAAUUUAACAACUAAAUUGCUACCAUAUAAUUAUAUAUUAACCUAUGCAAUUCUGAGAAGAAUGCGUUUGUCAUCUCAGCUUAUGGGAUCACAGCCAUGAUGUCAAGUGCAAAAGAAUGACUUUGAAAGUGAGUUAAAGUUACACAGAAUAACCAUGACAAAGUCAACCAAGAGGAGACCAGAUGUGUAGAGCAUGAAAAGCAUAAGCUAUAAUUCGAGCUGAGAAAAGCAAGGGAGGAAAAUUCUAGAUAUAAAGUUUCUUAUUAACAAUUACUGAUAUGUAUCUACUGGUUCUUCUAUCAACUGUCAAGAUUUUCUUUACCUUAGCACUGCCUAUCUCAAAGAAAUUGCUUUCUGUUAACAGUUUUCCCUGAGGAUUUAUUUGGGUAUCAGGCUUCUGUCUGUAUUGAGCAUCACCAGCUUACCUCAUCUUCAUUCUUCUUCUACCUGGCACUUUCUCCAAAUCCCACCUGCAAGGAUCAUAAAAACAAACUGUCUUUGGUACUUUUAAGUUUGUAGCCCUUGUGGUUGCAGGGAAAUCUUAAUUUGAAUGCAGAAAAGGGGAAAGAAUGUGAGUUAUAGAUAUAAAAAUGUUUGGAAGAAAUUCCUGAAGUCUCAAAAGAAGAAAAAUCAGGCAAAAAUCAACGUGUAUGUAAUGGUUACUAAUUAGAUAAAACUUGCAUUUGAAAGGAGACACUUUAAAAUACUGAUGUUAGAGGCCCUGGAAGACAGUAUGGCCAAGAUUUUCUCUACAUUUAUUGCGAUUUUUUCUUGUACUUCCCCCAUUGUAUCUUCUUUCUUACAAGUCACCUAUCUUCAUUAAUGAGUUACUAUACUAAUUUGUGUAGAGAAAAUCCCCCUGUCGAUUUCCAAGUUAAUUUCCCAUCUAUAACAGUUAAUAAAUCUGUAAAUGUGUGUUUCUAGAACUCUGUCAAAGCAGAAGCUGGUUUCACCAUCCUGGCUUUUAGCUGUUUAGGUGUAUAUUUUUUCCACACUAAGUUACUGUGUUUCAUUUCAUCCUAUCAGAAAGCAGCAGGUAUACAUUAAAAAAACCUCAGCCUUGAGGAGCUGAGAGGCACCCCUUAACACUGAUGCUUUUGAUUAUGCUAAAUGCUUCCCACAAGCACACUGGUGCCCUAUUUUUUACUUUGCUGUGGAAAUCAACUGAUCUGAAGCAGCAGCUGUGAACUGACUUUCCAGACCUGUAUUUGUAUGACAUUUGUAUCAUAGUGCUGAAUCCCAAUGGCACCAUGCUAAUGGCAAUCUGUAAAGCUCAUUUCCUCAGAACGUAAAUUCCUAACCCCAAAACGUAUGAGGCUUUGAGGAUAUAACCUGACUCAUCUAUGGAAAAGAUGUUAAAAGAUUAAAGGCAUUUUCAAGUAUCUGAAUAGACCACAGGUUCAUUAUGAGACAGAGGACAGCCCUAGCCUGGGCUAACAGCACCUCUAAUGCAGUCAGCUCUACCUGCAGUGUAAUUUACUUCUGUUCUGAAUUUUUCACUAUGCUGGCACAACUGCCAUCAUGGUUCGAGAAAGGCCAGUAGCCCAGUAUGCUCAAGUGACACAUCUUUACAUGCAUUUCCAAAGUCUGAAGUAGCAUCAUUCCUUAUUUUUAACUCUAAUGCUCUGAAUAACUUGACCUUCGUUUCCUAAAUCUCAUGCUGUCCUACCAGAAAGGAAUAGAAAAGUGUCUGUGAACUCCUUAUCCCCUACGUACUUCAUAUAAUCAAUUAAAGGUCACUUCUCCCUCCACGGUCUUGCUUUGCACAGCUUAGAUAACAGUUCUGAGAAUACUUCACACAUCAGUUAUUUUAGGCUUUUCACUGCUAACCUAAACAAAAGCUGAACAGAUUUAUGCCUGAAGUAUUUAAAGAUGAAACCCACCGUCAGAUAGUUACUUUCCUCACUCCAACCAUUUAUUUAUGCCAAAUAAAACUCUGUUGUCAUGGCUGCUUAAUCAACUUAUUAAAAAUAACAUUUUGCUAGUUUCCAGCUACCAGAUGUAUGGACUCUGUUAAAGUCAAUAAUGGACACAAGUUUUAUAACAUGAAUCCAGAUGAGCCCCUAUCACUUUAACAGCUCCACAUUAGAAGUCUCAGCUGCACAUGGGCAUUCCUGUUUUGCUUUUGAGGAUACAGCAUAUAGCUUUAAAGAUCUGCCUGUAAGCAGAUUUUGCCCCGUUGAACUGAAACCACAUCUGUCUGCAGAAAACAACUUGUGGGUUUUGGCCAAUACAAUUUGAAAUAAGAAGCAGCAACAAUAACAUCGUAAGAAGUGUGGUAACUUCUGGGAAAGGAGGGAAAAAGUAGGACAGUACUGCUGUUCAUCAACAUCCAUACUAACAACCUCCACAUUUGUAUUAGGAACACCUUAUGCCACAUUCCACUUGUGUUACUGUGUUCCAUAAAGAACAUACUAACACAUUUCUGUUUGCCACACUUAAGGCAUUGUGAGUAUUGCAAAAAACAAAACAAAACCCAACCUGUAGCAAGCAACAGGUAACAGUUUGUCCAGGUACACUUAAGAGUAAGCUGGAUCAGCUAUCUGAUCUAAAUCAGAUGAAAGCAUAGAGAAGGUAUGAACUAAUUUGAACCAGCUGUAACUGCAGCUAUGAGCCUAUGUUACAACAUUAGCUAAAACUCAUGUUCUGGAUGCAGGCUAAGAAUUUACAGGAACUAUUAACUGCUGAAAUUACCUAAUCGUUGUUUGGAUUUACUCACUGCUCUGCACAAACCUGCAAACCCAAGCAGCAAUCAUGGAGAAAUUUGUCUGCUGAAAGCUGCUUUGUCACAUGCUAGCAUUUUGUUUGUGCCCAACCUCACCCCUACCAGCCCAGGCUUCUUGCCAUUUUCCUCAAGGGAAAAAAAAAAAACAACAGAAAAGCAACCAACAAUGGCUGUUCAGUCAUAAAGAUUUCUUCUCUAUUGGAAGUUUCUAUUAAACACUUUCCUUGAAUAUCCAACUCCAAUGCAAAUGGCUGCCAGGGUAGACUGCAACUUGACGAAGAAACCUUCUAUUCUUAAAUAUCAGACUGACUCAUUUAGAUGGCCAUACUUCUCAUGACUUUGCUGAAAAGUAAUCUGUGCAACUGAUAAAUGGAACUGAAGCUUCCUGAAUGAUAACAGCAACUUAGUUCACUAUUUCAGAAGGCAAACUUUGUGACCAAACUGUUUCAUGUGCACUUUUUCCAAUCUUCCUGUUACGUUAAAUUAUCAAAAUUGAUACUAAAUAAAAGUCACUAUCAUUGAUUAGUUACUGGUUUAAUCUAGUCCGUGACUUUACUAGUUUAAAAUGGAGUAUGCUCUAUUUACAUUUAAAACACAACUCAAGUCACUCGAACAACAGCCCAACUCUACACCCACCCCUUUAACCAGACUGACUGCACUGAGCAGUCAGGUGAAUGAAAUGAGUAGAUUAAGAGCAAGAUGCUCUUUUCCCUGUUUUGUAGAAAGAAAGUUUCAAUGAGCCACUGCAAUGUCAAGAGCCUUUUUUAUACCAGUUUCAAGAGGCCGGAUAUGCGCAUACUAACUGCAUGCGCAAGUCUUAUGACGGCAAUAACUUCUGCAUUUAAUGGCAUUUCUGAGGCGUAUAAGCAUUUGAAAAUAUGGAAUAUAGUUGGUAGGCGUAGUUCUUAACAGUUCACUCUUCACUAAUAGAGUAGCAGAAGUGAUUUUACCUGAUCUAGCUAGUUACAGAAAGGAAAAAAAAGCAAAGCAGCAAAGCCUUCAUGCACAAGUAUAUAUGAUGGUAGCGAUUAGAGUGAAGACUGGGCAAGAAUACAAGGCUUAUUCAUGCUACUCAACCUACAGCUGCCAGUUUAACCUCCUCCAGAAAACUGGUUAGUUAGUUGGCAGUCUGGUUCUUUUUUGAUCAGGAAUGGUUUUACUUGCACCUCUUCUUAUAAUUGCUCUUCUUUGUCUCACCACUAUGGUACACGCAAUUGAAAACCACCAGUUAGAACUGUGCUUUUGUGACUGGCAGCUUCACAGCACUUGAAGGAAUUGCAUUGGGUAUUCAAGGAAACUACAUGUGAACUUUAAGAAACAGUAUUGUAGGGGAACACAUCACCAAACUGAUCAGCUGAAAUGACUGUUUAGACGUGAAAUAACAAAAGAUGGCAGUUUUUGUUUGACUGCUGAACCUUACUAUGUAGGAUGCGAACAUUUCUGGAGCACUUAUCUGAUAACAAAAAGCAAAGUUGAACACUGCAGCUUCUUAAGCACCAACUAUAUUCCUCUGUGACGAAACACAGAAUGGCUUUAAUUUAUGAACACUAUGACUGGAAGAAUGCAUUUGGAAGGCCCAUGAUGGAACUACCACCACCCUUAGAAGCUGCAACUACAGCAAGAGAAGCAGCCACUUCCCCCACCUCAAGCUGCUUUAACAUACCUUCGUUUUCUCUUACUUGAGCUAGGAAUCCACAAGUUACUGCUAGCUGCACCACUAUACUGAAAUACAGACAGGAAAUGGUACGGGUAGUCAAAAUACUUGCUAGCAAUUCAGUUUAAACACCUCUUUCCUAACGGAGGUGAUCUGGACUACCACAAUAAAUGCAGUGAUGCACUGGGUGACAUGCUGCAUUUUACCAUGCCCUCAAGCAAGUUACUGACCCAACUUUAGAAAUCCAAUGAAAAAGUCUCGUGUCAAAGUACACUGCUUUCAACUGCAGGUCAGGAAGCCUGCCCUAGAUAACAGAGCACCAGCAAUGCAAGAACCACACCCAUCAUUUAACUAGUCACAGCCUUUUAACACACUUAAAUGCAAACUACUCUUCCCUCAAAGUAAAUUUUAUCAGGAUCUCAAAUCUUUUUUCUUUUGCAACAUUUUCAUCUUCUACCAUGUGAAAGACAGUCUGAAGCACUUCCAGCACUAGCAAAAAAAAAGACUCCAUUAAGAAAACUUUUGCUACUACAAACGUCACCUCUGUAAGCUAGCAAAAAACCACAAAAAAAACCAAAACAAAAAAAACAAAAAACAACCACUGAUGAAAAAAUUCACUCAGAAAGAAGUUUUAGAAAGCAAAGUAUUUUGAGCAUUUAAUAGAUGACAUUUUAAGCUGACACGCUGUUGUUUCUGAUUUCAUUACUUGAGAAACAGUGGAUUAGUCAGUGCCACUUCAUUAAAAAUAUGGGAACUUGAGAGAAAGUUUCAAGCAUCAGAAGAAAAAAGGCAGAUUACUCACUGAAUCACAAGGCAAGGUCAUACCUAUUCCUUCAGCAGGUAUCUGUUAAUUAUCCUCCUGACAUAGCAAAUCAGUGCCUGCUCUGACCUGUGAUCUUACUGAGAAUUCAUGAACAAACUGAGACAGACCUUCUAUAAAAAGAAUCCUAAGAUGUUUCCACAGUCUAAGUAAACUCCUACUGAUGUUCUAUUCAGAAAGUAAACUACUUGUCAGUCAAAGCCCUUCUGCUGGGACACAUUCAAAAACAAGUCAAGUAUCACAAUGUUUAUUGAUAGAUACAAGUAUAUAAAAUCAGGGCAUGAACAUGUCUUGAUAAGUUAAGUAGACUUACUUUCAAUACUAUAAUAGAGGGACCAAUUCAAAUUUCUCACCAUGUCAUGUUUCACACCCACAAAAACCUCUUCCAAAGGGCAUUAAAUCAUCUGUCCAGCUGAUCAGUUUUUGUGCAAGUAAACUGUUUCUUUAAAAAAAAAAAAAAAAAAGACUUG